AGCGAUGCUGCCCAGCGGCACAACAUGGCGAGGCUGAAGCGCGGCUGCUGCUACCUCCUGGCGGCCUUGCUGCACUCGGCGGUGCGCCGGGCCGGGGCCGGCAUCAUCUCGGGCCUGAGGCUGGAGAACGCGGCGGAGAUGGCGGAGCCGCAGCACUCGGUGGCCAAGGCCGCGGCCUUGUCGGAGCCCGGCGCGCUGCAGGUGACCGAGGACAGCUCCGUCAAGCUGCGGCUCUUCGGCACCGGCCUGAACCGCCGCAGCUGGAGCUUGCUGGCGUUCGCCGAGGUGGAUGCCGGCGCCAACGCCACGGAGGACGGCGACGAGCUGUGCAGGCACCGCUCCAAGGACAUCGAGGUGGCGCGGCAGGUGCAAGUGUACCGCGACACCUCGGCCGUCGUCGAACUGCGGAUCCGGCCGCUGCGCAAGAACGAGGACUCCAAGCUGUUCGUCCUGUGCACCUGGAACGGCUCGGUGUGGAUGCUGCACCCGGGCAGGGACACCCGCAUCAUGGUGCUGGAGCAGAAACACUCGCUGAUGCCGCUCUGGCUGCAGAUCAUCCUCACCGUCCUGCUGCUCACCCUCUCGGGCAUAUUCAGCGGCCUCAACCUGGGCCUCAUGGCCCUGGACCCCAUGGAGCUGAGGAUCGUCCAGAACUGUGGCACCGACUCCGAGCGCCACCACGCCAAAUGCAUCGAGCCUGUCCGCCGUCAGGGGAACUACCUGCUGUGUUCCUUGCUGCUGGGCAACGUGCUGGUCAACACCACCCUCACCGUGCUGCUAGAUGACAUGGUGGGCUCCGGCUGGCUCACCGUGGUGACUUCCACCGUCGGCAUCGUCAUCCUGGGUGAGAUUGUCCCCCAGGCGCUGUGCUCCAGACACGGCCUGGCAGUGGGAGCCAAGACCAUCAAUCUAACCAAAUUUUUCAUGAUCCUCACUUUCCCCCUGUCCUUCCCCAUCAGCAAGUUGCUGGACCUUAUCCUGGGGCAGGAGAUCGGCAAGGUGUACAGCCGCGAGAAGAUCCUGGAGAUGUUGAAGGUGACGGGGCCUUACAAUGGGCUGGAUAAGGAAGAGCUAAACAUGAUCCAGGGGGCUUUGGAGUUGAGGACCAAAACCGUGGAGGAUGUCAUGACCCCCAUUCACGACUGUUUCAUGGUGAGCAAGGAUGCCAUCCUGGAUUUUAGUACAAUGUCUGAGAUCAUGGAGACGGGUUACACCAGGAUCCCCGUGUACGAGCACGAGAAAUCCAACAUUGUUGACAUCCUGUACGUGAAAGAUUUGGCUUUUGUCGACCCUGAUGACUGUGUCCCUCUUCAGACGAUCACCAAGUUCUACAACCACUCUUUACAUUUUGUUUUCUAUGACACCAGAUUGGAUACAAUGUUGGAAGAGUUCAAACUAGGUAAAUCACACCUGGCGAUUGUACAGAAAGUGAACAGUGAGGGUGAUGGCGAUCCCUUCUACGAGGUGCUGGGGCUUGUUACUCUGGAGGACGUUAUUGAAGAGAUCAUCAAAUCAGAGAUUCUGGAUGAAUCAGAUUUAUACACUGACAAUAGAUCAAGAAUGAAGACGGUUCACUAUAACAAGAAAAGGGACUUUUCUGCCUUCAAGCCGACAGUUAAUGAGGUUCAAAUUAAGGUGUCCCCUCAGCUGCUCCUUGCUGCUCAUCGCUUCCUAUCCACAGAGAUCAUUCAAUUUAAUGCUGCAAAUAUUUCGGAGAAGAUUCUACUGCGCCUCCUUAAACAUCCCGACGUCAUUAACGAGAUCAAAUAUGACGAGGACAACAAGCAUGGUCCUGACCACUAUCUCUACACGCGAGGCAAAGCGGUUGAUUACUUUAUCCUUAUUCUACAGGGCAAGGUGGAGACCGAGGCUGGGAAGGAAGACAUGAAGUUUGAGACCGGACCCUUCUCCUAUUUUGGCACCAUGGCUCUCGGCAGCACACUCGCAGAUAACCUCUCGAGCUCUCGCAACAGUGAGAUGAACCGUUCUCUGUCUCUACAUCAAGCCGACCGCUCUGAGUCCGCAGCAUCCAUUGUACCAAGCAUCGCGGCUAUUUCCACACAUCACUACAUUCCUGAUUUCUCUGUCAGGGCAGUGAUGGAUGUACAGUUUGUGAAGAUCACAUGGCAACAAUAUCAAAAUGGACUACUGGCUUCAAAACUGGACAGCACUCCACAGUCGCCGGAGAAUCUGCACGUUAGCACCGACGUGAGUGCAACGGACAAAGCCCCGAGUAUAGCGGAUGAGACCACAAACCUGCUGAAUGAGCAGAACUCUUCGAACCGUAAAUCUAUUCACACUUCAGUAGACAACAAUAUAUGACCUCCCUCCAAGGUCUGGUACUUCACAUUGGGCAUUAAACACAGGUCGCGGUGCAACUUCAGGACUGUUUGAGGGCAAAGAAAAGAACCAUGUGGAACCAGAUGGGAGCAUCUGUACCUUGUGCUGUCCUCUGGAGAGUGUGGAAUGAGAGGAGUGCUUCUUUGUGUUUAACUAACCAGCUACGGUGGGUGGGUGGGUGGGUGGUGGGGACGUUCAGCUUUGGAGACCAUGCAGAAGAAAGUUGAGGUAAAGUUUAAUCUCCAUUGCCAAAGAAGUGAUCCUCCGAUGGCCUUUUCUUCCUUUCUGCUGAUGAGAUGGAUGUCGAGGCCUUGCGCUCGCCGUUGUCUGCCGUGAACUCCGUCCACUUGUCCAGGGUCCUUGCUCGCUCGCUGGCGGGCCGGCACGUUAAGUGAUGCCUGGGGUUAAAGUUCAGAAGCCUUCCAUCUAAUGGAUUCCCAGCUCAUUGUCAACUGUUCUUACCUCUGUUCGGUCAUGAUGGCAACUGUGGGAUGUCUGUGCUUCCGUGCUCCCUUCCUCCCAACUAUCACCUCCUCCCAUGCCCCCUCCCCCCCCCCCCCCCUCAACACUCCCUCCUGCCUGAUACUUGGCUGAUUCCUCCCCUUCCCCGAGGCUUUCUUCUUUCUCUGAUUCACCUUCCUCACUAUUGCACACCUUCUUCCCCACCCCCCCCCCCCCCCGGCACAACUCCCCUCCCCCUCCCAUCCCUGAUGUUUGUCACCUUUCCUGAUUUUCCCCAUCCUGACACUCACU